UGGGUUGAGCAGUGGCCCCUGACAGAGCCUCGAAUGGCAGCCUUGCUGGAACUGGUCGAUCGAGAACUGCAAAAGGGUCACAUAGAACCCUCUACCAGCCCAUGGAACACCCCGGUAUUCGUGGUCCCCAAAAGGUCCGGACAAGUCUAUCGUCUCGUCCACGACCUGAGAGAAGUGAACAAGACGAUCAGACCCAUGGGUCCAGUCCAGACACUGCUUCCCACGAACUCAGCCAUCCCCACAGGGCAGCCGUGUGCAGUGCUGGACAUCAAGGACUGCUUCUUUUCAAUACCCCUGCACCCUGAGGACAGAGAACGAUUCGCCUUUUCCGUGGCAUUUCGGAACGGCGAGAGGCCCAACCUUCGCUUCCAAUGGAGAGUACUUCCGCAAGGCCUGGUCGACAGUCCCACCAUAUGCCAAAUCACUGUGGACAAAGCACUGACGCCAGUCCGAUACUCCUACCCCACCGCAACCAUCAUCCAGUACAUGGACGACAUCCUGGUCCGGCACCGGCUGGGAUCGCUGCUGGGGCGCGGCGGCUUCGGCAGCGUCUUCGCGGCCACGCGGCUCUCGGACGGUGCCCCGGUGGCCAUCAAACGCGUGCCGCGGGAUCGCAUCCGGCACUGGGGCGAGCUGCCCGACGGCACCAGCGCCCCGCUGGAGAUCGUGCUGCUGGCCAAGGUGUCCCGUGGCUGUGGCGGUGUCAUUCAGCUCCUGGAGUGGCUUGAGCUCCCCGACAGCUUCCUGCUGGUGCUGGAGCGUCGGGAGCGGUGCCAGGAGCUCCCGGGUUUCCUGGCGGAGCGGGGGUUCCUGCCAGAGGAGGAAGCGCGGGGGCUGUUCCGCCAGGUGCUGGAGGCCGUGCGGCACUGCACCAGCUGCGGGGUCCUGCACCGGGACAUCAAGCCCGAGAACAUUCUGCUCGACCUGGCCAGUGGGCAGCUGAAACUGAUUGACUUUGGCUGUGAUGCCUUCCUCCAAGACACAGCCUACACCCAGUUUACAGGAACCCUGUCCUACAGCCCACCAGAGUGGAUCCAGCACCAACGCUACCACGGCGAGGCAGCCACGAUCUGGUCCCUGGGCCUCCCGGGCUGCGCCCGCACCCAGCUGCCGAGCCACGCCUCCUCCACGGAAGGAGAGACCCCCCGCCGGGGCAGCUGCUACAGCAGCCAGUGGAAGCAGCGGGGGGGAAGCCGGAACCGGGGAGGGAAUCACGCUGAGCGUGGGAUCCGCCGCGGGCCGCCCCGAGGGUCCCGAGGGUCCCGCGGAUUCGGGGCCGUCUCCAACAUCGUCCUGAACAAGGACUGUCUUGGCUUGAGGCGGUGA